UUAUUUUGUGUUUCUGUAGCUUUUACUGUUAUCAUUUGGUUAAGAAAAGUGAUAAAAUAUAUUUCUUUUUAAUCAAGAUCGAUCGAGUUCUAAAGACAAAACACAACCAUACAAAGCAUCUUAACAGUUAAGACAUCACAUCCACCUCUUCGACUUUCCCUCCUCCCCUUGUAAGGACAUGGAGUGGUGAAUGGAGUAAAGAAGAUGGAUCCAAAAAAACACAAUCUUUUUUAAAUCAAAGCAACAAAAAGAGGAGAAGGGAUUGACGCGAGCACACGUGAAAUGCUAAGCAGCAGAUUAAUGGUGGCCUUGAAGACCGAAGAGAACCGCUUGUCUGGUGUUCGGCCUCCAACAGUGCAGUGCGGGCAAAUCCUAUCGUCCUCACCGGCUGCUAGAGGAACCAGAGAAAUCCAACGGCAUAAGGACUGCACACGUGGCCGACAUGCAAAUCAAGGCAAGGACUAGAUGAAAGAAGAGAAUAUCAUUAAGCUAGCUAGUGGAGAGGAGCAUGAUGACGAAUAGCACAGUGGAUCCUUCUGGCUUUGCUUGGUCCCACUUUUGGAAGAGUGUUGAAUCUUCAGCUUUUCAUCACUUGUGCAAUUAAGGGUUCUGCUGCUGCUCGCUUGAAAUCGAACAACUACUUGUGGACUGUGUGUUUAGAAGAGAAAGCUCUUAAGGGCUUUUUGGCUUCAAGUAGCUUGGUGUUGAGCUACAUUACCACCGUGUUUCUCUUUUCACCACCACCUGUUGCUGCAGACCACUAUGUUAGAUUUCAACCAAUCUUUAAAAGCACCAGGACCAACAUCGCAUUCUAUCUGGACCACCAAUACCUAAAGGGCUUGUCUUGUAGGGUUCUAUACAGAAAAAUGUUGAAUAUGAUGGGGCCCUUGUUGGAUUAAAAAGGUUAGGUUAGGUUUGAUUUUCCCAAUUUUAAUUCUAGGCAGCAGCAAGUGAAGAUGGGAAUUAUUCAGCAGAGAAGUAAUUAACAUUAUUGAAAGAGAAAAGAUAUAUAAAGAGAUUUUCUUUUUUAGCCAAGUUUCUGGCCUUCUGUGUAUCAUGCCCUUCCUUUUAAUACAUUUCAUUUAGUAUCUGUUCUGACCAAAAAAUAAAUUAGAAUUCAUGAAUCACCAUUGCUGCUGGUACUAAUUGAAGUACACAAUGAAUACAUAGAUUGCAUUUGUUAAUAUUGUUUGAUAUACAAAAUUCAUGUACAAAUUACUAUGGUUAAUCACGGGGUAGUUUUCUGUUUACUAAAUUAUAUAUAAACACAUCCUGGAUUUCUUUCAGGCAAGAUCUCAUAAGGGCAUGCUCCAUUGUUCUGAAGUUAAAAUCUCUCACUGUCUUUUGAUUAAAGGAAAAGAAAAUUGCGAAAAUGAAGUUUAUGAAACUCGGGACGCGGCCCGAUACCUUCUACACAGAAGAGGCUACCAGGUCUGUGGUAUCAGAUAUACCUAAUGACCUUGUUAUACAAAUCAGCAACAUCAAUUAUCUUCUUCAUCAGCUGCAGUUUUCACUAUUACCGAAGUGUGGCCUCUUACAAAGGCUGUGUGCAGAUUCUGAUGAUUCAAGUGCUGUUACCAUACAGCUGCAUGAUAUUCCUGGAGGGGAAGAUGCUUUUGAGCUGUGUGCUAAAUAUUGCUAUGGAAUAACAAUCAAUCUCAGUGCUCAUAACUUUGUAUCUGCAUUUUGUGCUGCAAAGUUCCUUCGAAUGACAGAAGCUGUUGAGAAGGGAAAUUUUGUCCUUAAACUUGAGGCCUUCUUUAAUUCCUGCAUUCUAGUAGGUUGGAAGGACUCCAUUAUCACAUUACAGACAACAGUCAAGCUAACUGAGUGGUCAGAGAACCUGGGAAUCAUCAGAAGAUGCAUUGAUUCAAUUGUUGGAAAAAUCCUCACACCCCCUGCAAAGGUCACAUGGUCCUACACUUACACUAGAUUAGGGUUCAACAAGCAGCAGCAAUUGGUUCCGAAGGAUUGGUGGACAGAGGACAUAUCUGAUCUUGACAUAGACCUUUUCCGGUGCAUAAUUAUAGCUAUUAAAUCAACACAUAUGCUCCCACCGCAGCUCAUUGGUGAAGCUUUGCAUGUUUAUGCCUGUCGUUGGCUACCAGACACUACAAAGAUCACACGUCCAGAGAGCUCAGUGUCUCAGACUGAUGAGGUUACAGAUAAGCAUCGGAAAAUUCUUGAAAUCAUCGUGAAUAAGAUCCCAUCAGAUAAAGGGUCCGUUUCAGUUGGUUUCUUGUUAAGACUUCUUAGCAUUGCUAACUACCUAGGCGCAUCUACAGUUACAAAGACAGAACUUAUAAGGAGAUCAAGCCAGCAGUUAGAGGAGGCAACAGUUAGUGACCUGUUAUUUCCUUCACAUUCAUCCUCUAAUCAAUAUUAUUAUGAUAUUGACUUGGUUGCGGCAGUGCUAGAAAGCUUCCUGCUGCUAUGGAGAAGAACAUCACCAGCACCUACAGAAAACACCCAGUUUAUGAGAUCAAUUAGAAAGAUUGGAAAGCUUGUUGACUCUUACCUUCAAGCAGUUGCCACAGAUAUCAACUUGCCGGUAUCAAAAGUUUUAUCUGUUGCAGAAGCUUUACCAGAUAUUGCCAGGAAAGAUCAUGAUGACCUUUACAGGGCAAUAAACAUUUAUCUCAAGAAGCAUCCUGAUCUAAGCAAGGCAGACAAGAAGCGUCUCUGCAGGAAACUAGACUGCCAAAAACUGUCACCAGAAGUACGUACUCACGCUGUAAAGAAUGAGCGGCUACCAUUAAGAACAGUUGUGCAAGUCCUGUUCUUUGAACAAGAGAAAGGCUCAAGGGAAAAUGAUCAUAGAAUGCCAACACAGGAGCUUCUACUAUCCAGAGGGAAACAGAUACCGAUAUUAAGGGACGAGCUAAGUAAGCUACAAUUAGGCUCCUAUGAACAGACCAUCCGAUCAGAUGGAAUACCGAGAACUCCAGCAACGUCCGAAAGCAGUACAAGAGAUGAUCAAAAACUGAAGAGACCUGACAAAAGGACGCCGCUGGAAGCAGGAAAAAAAGGUGGUGAGAGAACAAAUAGAGGAGGAGGAAUCUAGAGGAGGAGGAAGCUCUGGAAGCAGGAUGAAUGCCAAGAAGAACAACAAAAGUGUAUCAGGUCAUAGCCGUGGCAAAAGUAGAGACAGGUUGCAGAUAAAUUUAGACCAUCACAUUUCCAUUUUCGCUUUUCUUUCUGUAGAAGAAGGGUUUAAUUUAGUUCACAUCAUUUCAAUUACUAUUA